GGACCUGCUGGCUAUCCUGAGGGCCUUAGGGUACCGGGCAUCUGCGAAGAAGGCUCAGAUAUGCAAGGAGAGGGUUUUGCUGAGAUCGCCAGGCCCCUAUAUGAAGCUACCAAAGAGGGGAAAACAUUUAAAUGGACUGAAAAAGAAGAAACUGCCUUUAAUCAGUUAAAAAAGGCCCUCCUAAGUGCCCCAGCCCUGGGCCUACCAGACAUUACGAAGCCCUUCCACCUCUUUUUAGAUGAACAUAAGGGAAUAGCAAAAGGGGUUCUAACUCAAGCCUCAGGCCCCUGGAACCGCCCAGUGGCUUACCUGUAUAAGAAACUAGACCCAGUGGCUGCCCGCUGGCCGCCAUGCCUAAGAAUUAUUGCGGCGACAGCACUCCUAGUCAAGGAUGCAGACAAACUGACCCUAGGACAGGAGAUCUGGAUCACGACCCCACACGCCACUGAAGGGAUCCUGAAACAGCCUCCUGAUAGAUGGAUGAGCAAUACACGUGUGACUCAUUACCAGAGCCUCCUACUCAACCCUCCACGAGUGCGGUUCCACCCCAGUGCAGCCCUCAAUCCUGCAACCCUGCUGCCCAACCCUGACCUAGGUGCUCCACUACAUGACUGUGCGGGAAUCCUGGAAGAAGUACAUGGAUUCCGGACGGACCUGACCUGCCGGCCCCUCCCCGAUGCCGAGGCUACUUGGUUCACUGAUGGCAGCAGCUUUGUGCGGGACGGACACAGUAUUUACAGACACCUUCUCUGGCUGGGUGGAGGCAUACCCAACCAAGCAUGAAACGGCUCAGACGGUGGCUAAGAAGCUACUAGAAGACAUCUUACCCAGGUAUGGUUUUCCUGCCAUGGUAGGAUCAGACAGUGGACCAGCUUUUAUCUCGCAGGUAACAUAGGCAGUAGCCAAGGUGGUGGGGGCAAACUGGAAAUUACAUUGUGCUUAUAGGCUCCAGAGCUCAGGACAGGUAGAAAGAAUGAAUAGAACCCUAAAAGAGACCCUUACCAAAUUAACCAUGGAGACUGGUGGGGACUGGGUGACUCUCCUACCGUACGCCCUUUACCAGGUUAGAAGCACUCCUUACACUCUGGGUUUUACUCCCUACGAGAUCAUGUUUGGCAGGCCACCCCCUGUUAUUCCCAGCCUUUGAGCUGAACUUAUUGAUGAGUUUAAAGAUCAAGAACUUUUUCUUUCCUUGAGAGGGCUCCAGAGGGCGCAUGAGGACAUUUGGCCGUGUCUCUGUGCCAUCUGCAAGGCUGGCCCAACCCCGACACCUCAUCAGUACAGGCCGGGAGACUGGGUCUACAUCAAGAGGCACCACCGAGAGGCCCUCGAGUCGCGCUGGAAAGGACCCUACAUCGUGGUUCCGACAACCCCCACUGCUCUCAAAGUAGACAGCAUCGCGACCUGGGCCCAUCACACCCACGUUCGGCCAGCGGACCCCUCCUCGACCCGGAAGGACUUUGUCACGCAAUGAGCUGUCAAUCAGGACCAACACAACCCACUCAAGCUCACCCACCUAAUAUUGGUAACUCUGUUAACUCUGCAUGUCAUUGCUCAUGCUGCUGGGAGUCCCCACGCCCCCCAAAACAUCACCUCGCAGAUCACAGACACCAGGUCAGGGACAAUAUUUAAUCAGACCUCCCAGAGCCACCCCAGGGACACUUGGUUCCCAGAACUUUGCAUAAACCUCCAAACUCUGUUCCCCUUGUCACUAUAAAUGCAGCCGGUCCCAUGAUUGGGUCUGUAAGCUACAUGACAAGGGGGGAAUGAAAGGGCAGGCCUACACUGGCCCGACUCCAUCUUGUUCUGUGUCCUUCACCUAGACCACGCCUCCUCCCCUUGAGUAACCUCCCGCUCACCCGUUCAAACUUCCUGGUCAAAACACACCCAGCGACCUGCGUAACAGGACUCCGACCCUUCCCCAGCCAAUCAGCUGAGGC